AGCUCGGGGCUGCUGACGGGCGCGGAGCUGAGCGGCUGGGUGGGCCUAGCCAGGCCGGCGGAGCGGACGCGUCGGGCGAGCCGCGGCGAACAUGCGUUUUUGACACAUUGGAGGUAUUCUUGAUCAUGGAUGGUGAAGAUAUACCAGAUUUUUCAAGUUUAAAGGAGGAAACUGCUUAUUGGAAAGAACUUUCCUUGAAGUAUAAACAAAGCUUCCAGGAAGCUCGAGAUGAACUAGUGGAAUUCCAGGAAGGAAGCAGAGAAUUAGAAGCAGAGUUGGAGGCACAGUUGGUACAGGCUGAACAGAGGAAUAGAGACUUACAAGCUGAUAACCAAAGACUGAAAUAUGAAGUGGAAGCAUUAAAGGAGAAACUAGAGCAUCAGUAUGCACAGAGCUACAAGCAAGUCUCAGUAUUAGAAGAUGAUUUAAGUCAGACGCGGGCUAUCAAGGAGCAGUUACAUAAGUAUGUGAGAGAACUGGAGCAGGCCAAUGAUGACCUGGAGCGGGCAAAGAGGGCAACAAUAGUUUCAUUGGAAGACUUUGAACAAAGACUAAAUCAGGCCAUUGAACGAAAUGCCUUUUUAGAAAGUGAACUUGAUGAAAAAGAAUCUUUAUUGGUAUCUGUACAGAGGUUAAAGGAUGAAGCAAGAGAUUUAAGACAAGAACUAGCAGUUCGGGAAAGGCAACAGGAAGUAACCAGAAAGUCGGCCCCCAGUUCUCCAACUCUCGACUGUGAAAAGAUGGAUUCUGCUGUCCAAGCCUCACUUUCAUUGCCAGCUACACCUGUUGGCAAAGGAACAGAAAACAGUUUUCCUUCACCAAAAGCUAUACCAAAUGGUUUUGGUACCAGUCCACUGACUCCUUCUGCCAGGAUAUCAGCACUGAAUAUUGUGGGAGAUCUCUUACGGAAAGUAGGGGCUUUAGAAUCCAAAUUAGCAGCUUGCAGAAAUUUUGCAAAGGACCAAGCAUCACGAAAAUCCUAUAUUUCAGGGAAUGUUAACUGCGGAGUGAUGAACAGCAAUGGCACAAAGUUCUCUCGGUCAGGGCAUACGUCAUUCUUUGAUAAAGGGACAGUAAACGGCUUUGACCCAGCACCGCCCCCACCUGGCCUGGGCUCCUCGCGCCCGUCCUCGGCCCCAGGGAUGCUGCCUCUCAGUGUGUGAGCGCCGGCUCCAGGUGGGGUCUCUGCCCUCCAACCACCCAGGACACCCACGCCUCAACCCCGGGGCCCGGGCCCGGCUGGCCCCGCCAUCUGUCCCCUGGCCAGCAGAUGGCAGGCUGCAUGCGGUGGCAGCUGCAGGCCCGCCCAGCCCCAGGACUGCGCGAUAUCAAUACUGGCUGUUUUCUCUUCUCGCCGUAGUGCCGUUGGUUUCACAUGAUUGCACUUUUGUGGGUUACAAGGUGAUACGUACCUGUAUUACUUGGUCACUGGAUGCAGAAGUACCCAUUCAUCUCACC